AUGCUCUACAUUGAUAAGACAGGGAAACUGUCCUUGAAAAAAACAACACAGUGUGAUGAAUGUGGCAAAGUCUUUAGUCAGAGUUUAGCCCUUAAUCUACAUCAGAGAAUCUACACUGGAGAGAAACCUUAUACAUGUGAAGUGUGUGCAAAGUCUUUCAGCUGAAGUACAGUCCUGAUUCAGCAUCGAAGAAUCCAUACUGGGGAAAAACCCUUCAAAUGUUAUGAAUGUGGGAAAGCCUUUAGUCAGAGCUCAGUCCUUAAUCUACAUCAGAGAACUUACAGUGGAGAGAAACAUAAUACAUGUGAAGUGUGUGCAGAGUCUUUCAGCCAAAGUACAGUCCUGAUUCAGCAUCGAAGAAUCCAUACUGGGGAAAAACCCUUCAAAUGUUAUGAAUGUGGGAAAGCCUUUAGUCAGAGCUCAGUCCUUAAUCUACAUCAGAGAACUUACAGUGGAGAGAAACAUUAUACAUGUGAAGUGUGUGCAGAGUCUUUCAGCCAAAGUACAGUCCUGAUUCAGCAUCAAAGAAUCCAUACUGGGGAAAAACCCUUCAAAUGUCAUGAAUGUGGGAAUCCUUUAGUCAGAGCUCGAAUCUUUUCAGACAUAGGAAGAAACAUGCUGGAGAAAAAAUCCCAUCUGUGUUGUGAGGGAAUCGAAGCAUUUAUUGAGAAAUUUUUCUCUGAGGGAGAAGGCACAUGGCAUCUAUACUCCUUUAAUAUAAAUCGGUAG